UUUCUUUGAAGGGUAUAACCUUUCGUAACUCGUUUGCAAAACUAUAAAUUGACUAAGUCAAAAACAUUUAGACACUAUGUCUGAUGGACAAAAAGUGGUAGAUGAAGAGGAGGAUUCAGAGUUGAAGGAACUUUUGGAUAGUGCAUUAAAAGAUUUGGACAAACAAAUACAUCCCAAAAAAUACGAAAACAAUGUAUCUACAAUAGUACGAGAUUCAUCAAAUGCAAGUAAGGAAAAUGUUACUGUUGAGGAAGUAUGGACUGAAGAUUUUAUUAAGCAAGCUGCUGAUCAAUUUCAAAGAAAUUUUGAAGAAUUGAUGCAAAAAGGUUCUGGUAAUAAAGAGUCCUUUAAAAAAAUAGCCCAAACUGUUGCAGGAGCAAUUUCAGAAACGAAUGAUGGAGAUAAUUUUCCAAAUUUUCAAACAGCAAUAAGUCAAGCAUUAAAAGAUUUAUCAUCGACAACUGAAAAUUUACAGAAUGUACCAAAUAUUAGUGAGUCAGAUUUAGCAAAUAUGUUUGGACAAACUUCAUUAGAAGAUGAUGGAUUAGGUAUUUUUCCAUUUAUGCAAGGAAUGAUGCAAUCUAUAUUAUCCAAAGAUGUUCUUUAUGGGCCUUUAAAAGAUCUUGUUGAUAAAUAUCCAGUGUGGCUUAAUGAAAAAAAAGCAACUUUGCCCUUUGCAGAUGUAGUAAAGUAUGAAAAACAAUUGGACCUUAUGCAAAAGGUUUGUAGUGAAUUGGAAGCUGAAAAACCAAAUGAUACAGAAGAAUUAAAAAAAAAACGAUUUGAAAAAACAUUAUUGUUAAUGGAAGAGAUGCAAAGUCUUGGCCAACCUCCUGAAGAUUUAAUUAAUUUGUCAUCAUCUGUUAUGUCUGGAAUACUAGACUCUCAAAAAUGUUCGGUUAUGUGAAAAAUUGUUUUAAAAUUGUUUUUACAUUAAAAAUUUGUACAUGGAUAUGUUACUGAUACUAAAUUUAUAUUUCUUUGUUUUAUAUAUGGAACCAUACAGUAUAGAGUUUAACACGCUGCCAUUUUAUUAAAUAAUUUAUAGUUGUAUGAAAGUAAACAAAAGAUACGAAGUCUUAAAUUAUUUAGUGUAAUUAAUAACAGUGAUAAAUUUAUUUGUUUAUGUUCAAAAUAAAUUAC